GGAAAGAGGGCAUAGAAUGGACAUAACUAUUAAGAAGAGUAAGAAUAGUAAGGUUAUGAUACACCUUUUAAUAUUUUGUUUUCGUUUUGGGGAUUAGAAGUAACAUUUUAAAUAUAAGAUGAAUACAAUAAAUCAAAAAGAAUAUCUAAAGAAAUAUCUCAAAAUUGGAGCCAAGACAGGAGAGAAAAAGAAAAAGAAAAAAUCAGAGAAAACAACUGGAACAAGAAUGAAAAUUAUAGAUGACGAUGCAGAUACAAUAUUAUCACAAGAAAUACAAGAUGAUAUAGAUGCUGCCAAUGAAGAUGCGCCUCAAAUAGUAGCAGUCAUUGAUGAAAGACCUCACUCACUAAUUGUUGAUGAAAAGACAAAAAGUGGUUUAUGGAAGCCAAUAGGGCAAUCAUCAAAUAAUACUGAAUUUCAAAAUUUUAAAAUAGGUAGUAUUAAAUUAAACAAAAACAGAGAUGAUUCCGAGAAAAAUAGAUUAUUAGCGACAAAAAAUAUAUCAAAUUUCAAACGAAAUGAUAAUUUACCAUCAACAUCAAUUUACAACAAUUUGAAAAAAGAUUAUUCCCCUCCAAGGAGAGAUCAAGAUUGUUCACCUCAAAGAAAAAAAGAUAUAGAUCAAUCUCCCAAAAGAAGAGAAGACCAUUCUAGUAGGAAAGAUCAAGAUUAUUCACCUCCAAGGAAGAGAAAACAAUCUCAUUCACCUGUACGAAAAAAAGAUCAGGAUUGUUCUCUACAAAGAAAAGUUAACAAAGAUACUGACUAUUCUCCACCAAGAAGAGAUGAUAAAGAUUAUUCACCUCCAAGGAAAAGAAACAAGUCUCACUCUCCAAGAAGAAAGAAUUACCAGGAUUGUUCUCCCCGAAGGAAGGAUAACAAAGGCCAUGAAGAGGAUUAUUCUCCACCAAGAAGAAACAAUAAAGAUUAUUCACCUCCAAGAAAAAAAAUAAAGGAUCAUUCUUCACCAAGAAAGAUUGAUAAAGAUUAUUCACCCGUAAGGAGAGACCAAGAUCAUUCUCCACUAAGAAAAAAAAAUCAAGAUUAUUCUCCUCAAAGAAAAAGAGACAAAGAUCUUUCCCCACUUAGAGCAAGAAAAAAGCAAUCUAGGUGGGAGAAAGAACACUCACCCGUAUCAAAGGAACUAAAUAAACCUGAAACAACCAUGAGUGGGAAGAAGUCUGGUCUUCAAAAUGCGAAGAGUUUAGUAGAUGAUAUAGUGCGUUUACAAAGAGAAGAAGAAAAGCUGUUUCAAAAUAUGUCCAGUGAGAUAUCAGGGGUUAAUGCCACUACUGUUGUGCGUAAGAGAAAACAAGAAGAAAUAGUGGAUCCAGAGAAAGAAGCAAGAGAAAGGGAAUUAAAGGAAAAGUAUUCUGUUUGGGGUAAAGGCUUAAAGCAAGUUCAGGAUGAAAGUGAAAGGUAUGCUGAACAACAAAAAGAGAUGAACAAGCCUUUAGCUAGAUAUGCAGAUGAUGAAGAUUUGGAAAGAUAUUUGAAGGAACAAGAAAGGGAAGGGGAUCCUAUGUUGGCCUAUAUAAGAAAAAAGAAGAAAAAAAUUGCAGUAGAACAUGGAAUUCCAGAGAAACCUAUGUAUAUGGGAGAUUUUAUGCCAAAUAGAUAUGGAAUUCGUCCUGGGUAUAGGUGGGAUGGAGUAGACAGAUCUAAUGGAUAUGAAAAGAAAUGGUUUGAAACACAAAAUGCAAAAAAAGCUAUGCAAGAAGAAGCUACUAAAUGGAGUACAGAAGAUAUGUAAAUAUUAUUUUUAAUAAAAUAAUUUUUGUUUUAUGUA